UAAUCCAAACAGCUAAAUAAUUGUCCCUAACUCCAAAAGCAGUAAACAACUAAAUGGUUGACUAAGAAGUAUAAUGCAAGUCUACAUUUUGUUGUCCUCAAGUUGCUUCACCAAGUAUAUAUAGUCAAGGUGCCAAACCUCAGGCCUUCAUAGAGGGACUCAAUGGAGGAGCCAUUACUCGACGCAGCUGCUGCAAAUUCCGAGUUCAACCACAAGGCUUUGUGGGGUGAUGGCAAAGAAGACUACAAGCCGGUGAGGAGCUUUCCUGAGUUUCGGUCUAUGUUUUGGAUAGAGACAGUGAAGCUUUGGAAACUAGCAGGUCCUUCAAUUAUCGGAUUAUUGGCCAUGUAUGGGACAAAUGCCAUCAUCAGCGUGUUUGCUGGUCAUAUUGGAACCAUUGAGCUCUCCGCGAUCUCCAUUUCUCUCUCCGUCAUUUCCACCUUCUCUUACGGAUUCUUGCUCGGCAUGGGGAGUGCUUUGGAGACCUUGGCUGGACAGGCGUUUGGUGCAGGACAGAUUCAUAUGCUUGGGAUAUACAUGCAGCGCUCAUGUAUAGUCCUACUUGUAACUUGCUUCCUCCUGUUGCCAUUUUACAUCUUUGCCACUCCCAUUUUAAAGUUAUUAGGCCAAGAAGAUGACAUAGCCGAUCUCGCUGGAGAGUUCACACUGCAAAUAAUUCCUCAGUUGUUCUCACUUGCCAUUAACUUUCCUGCUCAGAAGUUCCUUCAGGCUCAGAGAAAGCUCAAAGUCAUGACGUGGAUUUCGGUGGUGGCGUUGCUCAUACACGUUGGGCUACUUUUCUUCUUCAUUUUUGGGUUAGAUUGGGGUACCUUAGGUGCAGCUGUGGCAUAUAAUAUUACCAGAUGGGGCAUUGCAAUUGCUCAAGUUGUAUAUAUUAUGGUCUGGUGCAAUGAGGGUUGGACUGGGUUUUCAUGGUUGGCAUUCAAGGAUAUGUGGUCCUUUGUUAGGCUUUCAAUUGCCUCUGCUGUCAUGCUUUGCCUUGAGAUAUGGUACUUCAUGAGUAUGAUGCUUCUUACUGGCAACCUAAACGAUGCAGUUCUAGCAGUUAGUUCCCUUUCUAUUUGCCUCAACAUUAACGGGUGGGAAAUAAUGCUGUUUGUUGGAAUAAAUGUUGCUAUAAGUGUUCGAGUAUCGAAUGAGCUUGGCUUAGGACGCCCAAGAGCGGCCAAAUAUGCAGUCUAUGUGACAGUAUUUCAGUCUUUCCUAAUAGGGAUUCUUUUCAUGAUUCUUAUCUUGUUAUUCAAAGAUAGCUUCUCUGCACUUUUUACUACUGACAAGGAGCUGCAACAAGCGGUUGCACACCUAGCAUACCUUCUCGGCGCAACUAUGUUGCUCAACAGUGUCCAGCCAGUAAUAUCAGGUGUUGCGGUUGGCGGUGGAUGGCAGGCAACCGUGGCAUAUAUAAACUUGGGUUGUUACUACAUUUUUGGAAUUCCUCUCGGAUACUUGCUUAGUCACGUCGCAGAUUUCGGAGUGAUGGGACUUUGGGGGGGUAUGAUAUGUGGAACUGCUCUUCAGACAUUACUUCUUUUAUUUGUGCUUUACAAAACCAACUGGAACAAAGAGGUGGAGCAAGCAUCAACACGCGUGCAGAAGUGGGGAUUAGAUAACAAAACAGAGACUACAGCUGAAAGUGCUAUAUGAACUCUAGAUCAGCUGCCUUAUUUUCUGUCUGUUGAUCCAUUUCUCAAUGUAAUACACGUUAGCCACUUCUGUAUAUCGAGAUAUCAAUGCAAAUUUGUGGCUCGCCAAGAAUAAGAUCGAUCUUGAAUGGAA